AUGGAGGGAGGCGGAUUAGGGUUCCGGCUAAGUUCUAAAUCGGAAUCGUCGGAUUGUUAUUGCAUUGAAGGAAGAGGUUUUCGUGAUGGCUCAACACAACAGGAUUCAACAAAUCCAAUUCACUUCAAAAAAACAAAAAGAGGAAGGCUGAACGCCCGCGUACCGCGCGAGUUACUGCGCUUGUUAAAAAAAACUCGCAGGUCACUCGCGGCUCGUCUUAUAACCCGGAAUGGCCCGCGAAUGCUCGAGAAUUCUUCAACCAGUGGCAUAGUGGUUUGGGCUUUGGCAUCUUACCUGAGAGAUUCAGGUUCAAACUUCGCUAACAACACUUUUAGUGUUGAGUUUGCGCAGGUACAUGUUGCUGGAGUGGUUAAAGAAGUUUUAAAGCAGUUUGUUCAAGAGAAAAAUAACAAGAUGCUUGAAGUAAGUGGAUAUGGCGGUAUUGCAUCUCUGUCUGGGGACUUGUCGAAAUUUGUCACAGAAAGACCUACAAAAGGUGGCAAUGAAACCUCAGAUACACAGGAUGUUGAUUUUUCCAGCUUUGGGGUUGUGAACUAUGAAGAUCAACAGAAUGACGAAGAGGCUUUCAAGAAGAUGCUAGACCGGUUGAAAACCCCACCGCCUCUUCAUCCCUUUGCUCGUGAACUGACUGUUGGAGAAGCUAUGGAGUUCAAACGCAAGAAGAGAAGCAGUUAUGGUGAUAUGAUAGGGGCUUACAAUCUAGAAGAAGAAUUGAACAACAAAUUAAAAUUUGAUGUUGAGGCAAGGCUUAAGAGCCAAAAGAUAGGAGAGAGAUCAGGCCAUGACAUGCCUCAAGGAGUAAGAUUUGAUGAAGUGCAGACAAGUGAUAAAUGGCCAAUUGAGGAAGCAAACAGGUUGAUUGCUAUGAUUCCAGACACCAAAGACUCGAUAUUGUCAUACGAGAUUGACUGA